AUGGCCAGUACUACUGAUCCCAAGGGCGCCAUCUCGGGCGACGGCCACGCCGUGUUUGCUGACCACGACAGAGACAAGCAACCGAGCUUACUCUUGGACACGCCAGCGGAUGGGAGUGUACAGGACGAGCUCACCUACCAGUUUGAGGACUCCCGCAAGCUCGGUAUCACGUCGAGCGUCUUUGUUAUCCUCAAUAAGAUGAUUGGAACCGGAAUAUUCUCCACCCCCUCCGGAAUCUUUGCUGCCACAGGUUCAGUAGGCGUGUCAUUGUGUCUGUGGAUUAUUGGAGGAAUCCUGACCUUUGCUGGUCUCAGUGCCUUCUUGGAGUUUGGUCUUGCCAUUCCUCGCAGUGGUGGGGAGAAGAACUACCUCGAGCGAGCAUACCGCCACCCAAAGCUGCUCGCUACUUGCGUGCUCAUGUCGCAAAUGAUCCUUCUUGGAUUCUCCUCAGGCAACUCAUUGGCAUUUGGUCGGUACUGCCUCUUCGCUUCGGGUUCUGAGGAAGCAGAUGGUUGGACAGCGCGUGGCAUUGCCGUCGCGUGCAUCACGCUUUCCGUUGUUGUCCACGCAACCAUUCCCAAAUGGGGCAUCAGACUGUUCAAUGUUCUCGGCUUUUUCAAGGUCUUCAUUCUACUUUUCAUCGUUUUCUCGGGCUUCGCUGCCUUGGCAGGCCAUAGGAAGGUGCCGAACCCACAUAAUUUCGAUAAUGCCUUCCGACUUGAGACAGGGCCAGGCUACGGCGGUGGCGGAGUGUAUGCUUAUGCAACCGCGUUGCUUCGCAUCAUCUACUCCUUUAAAGGCUGGGAGAACGCGAAUUACGUUCUCGGCGAAGUCAAGAAUCCUCGCAAGACACUCCUCGUCGCCGCUCCUCUCGCUAUCGGCGGCACCACAAUCCUUUACGUGCUCGCUAACGUUGCAUAUUUCUCUGCGAUCUCGAAAGAAGAUCUAGCAAGUUCAGAAGUCAUUGUUGCAGGUCUGUUCUUCCGUAACGUCUUUGGCGAUUCGGCAGGAGCAAGAGCACUCCCAGCAUUCGUAGCCUUGAGCAAUCUGGGCAACGUGUUGGCGGUGUCGUUUGCUCAUAGUCGCCUGAACCAGGAGUUCGCGAAGGAGGGUCUUCUGCCUUUUAGCCGGUUCUGGGCAUCCAACAAGCCAUUCAAUGCUCCGGCAACUGCGCUGUUCCUGCACUGGCUGGUUACCAUCAUCAUUCUCCUCGCGCCACCAGCCGGACCAGCGUACAACUUCAUUGUGGACCUAUACACCUAUCCUGGUGCCUGGAUCAAUGGCUUUGUCGCGGCCGGACUGCUCUACCUUCGCUUCAAACCUUCAGAAGGCUGGACGUCGCCAUUCAAGUCAUUCAUUCCUGUCAUCAUUCUCUACCUACUCGCAAACGUUUUUCUCGCAAUCGUCCCAUUCAUUCCUCCCGACUCUGGCGACCUCGACCCCGAUGGGUACCCCUAUUACGUCUUUCCGGUUGUUGGUGUGGCGGUGCUACUCGGUGGCGCCGUGUAUUGGUUAUUCUGGAAGAGGUUGUUGCCCAAGGUUUUGGGCUACAGGAUUGAGACAGAGCAUAGGAUCUCCGACGUCGAUGGGAGUGAGACGGUUCGAUAUAUCAAGGUGUAUACAAAGGAGGACAAGCAGCAUUGA